AUGGCCAGGGAGGCAGCUGAGGAAGCGUUCACAUGCUCGGAACGUGGGGAAUGUUUUCCUCCGAAGCCAAAACUCACCAAGCACGAGCGGGUCCACGCAGAAGGGAAGCCAUUUGCGUGUUCGGCAUGCGGGAAAUGUUUUUCCAGAAAGAUUGUGCUCGAUAAACAUGAGAAGCAGCACAGCGGGGUGAAACCGUUUGCGUGUCAGGAAUGCGGAAAAUGUUUCUUCACAAAGUACGAACUUGUUGUUCACAAACGAAAUCACACAGGAGAGAAGCCUUAUGCGUGUUCUCAGUGCGCAAAAUGUUUUACCGCAAAGUCAAAGCUUACCAGGCAUGAGAGACGUCACACAGAGAGACCAUUUCUGUGUGCGAAGUGUGGAAAAUGUUUCAUCGCAAAACUGGCGCUUACCCGACACGAGCGGAUCCAUGCAGAGGGGAAGCCGUUUGCGUGUUCAGAAUGCGGGAAAUGUUUCUCCAGAAAGAUCGUGCUCGAUAAACAUGAGAAGCAGCACAGCGGGGUGAAACCAUUUGCAUGUCUGGAAUGCGGGAAAUCUUUCUUCACAAAGUACGAACUUGUUAUUCACGAGCGAAAUCACACGGGAGAGAAGCCACACGUGUGUUCUUACUGCACAAAAUGCUUCACCACAAAACCAUCAGUUACCAGGCACGAGCGGACUCACACGGGAGAGAAGCCAUUUGCGUGUCCGGAUUGCGGGAAAUCUUUUUCCAGAAAGGCUGUGCUUGAUAACCAUCAGAAGAAGCACAGCGGGGUGAAACCGUAUCCGUGUCUGGAAUGCGGGAAAUGUUUCUUCACAAAGUAUGAAGUCAUUAUUCAUGAGCGAAAUCACACGGGAGAGAAGCCUUACUCAUGUUCUCACUGCCCAAAAUGUUUCACCUCAAUGUCAAAGCUUACUAGACACGAGAGGUUUCACACCGAGAGGCCGUUUACAUGUCCUGAGUGCGGAAAAUGUUUCACUACUAAACAGUUACUUACUAGACACGAGCGGCUUCACACGGGAGAGAAGCCAUUCGCGUGUUCGGAGUGCGGGAAAUGUUUCAUCACGAAGGCCGAGCUCGAUAGACAUAACGGAAUUCACAUCGGAGUGAAACCGUUUGUAUGUUCUGAGUGCGGAAAGUGUUUUAGCAGAAAGUCAGACCUCACUACGCACGAGAGAUUUCACACCGGAGAGAGACCGUUUCCAUGCGCUGAGUGCGGAAAGUGCUUUUAUACGAAAGGACACCUCAGCAAGCAUGAGCGGAGACACACGGGGGAGAAGCCAUUUUCAUGUUCCGCGUGUGAAAAAUGUUUUUGUACAAAGCCGGAGCUCAAUCGACAUCAGAGAUUUCAUACAGGAGAGAGACCCUUUCCAUGUCUCGUGUGCGAGAAACGAUUUUACACGAAAGGACAUCUCAACACGCAUGUGCAGAGCCACACGCGAUAGAAGCCGGUGUGGAAAAGGCAACGCUGGUAUCCAGCGAUUAUUCCAUGUUAUAGAAGUCUGCAUUACUACAGCUAGUAACUCUACAGGGGGGCUAUAAUGUCCUAAACUGUUAAAAACCGUUUAGGUGAAAGUGCCCACUAACGAGAUUU